UUUCUAUUAAGGAAUCUAAAUAUGCUUUCCUUCACGCUUUUCGACUCUUCGGAAUCUGUGGAAUAAAUAUGGCGAUAUGGUUGACGGACAAAUAUCCCAGGGCGGUGCAAGAUGUAGACCACGCCAUGCGAGACCCAAAUGGAGUGAAAUAUGAUAACUUGUAUCUUGACAUGAAUUCCAUCAUCCACCCUUGCUUUCACCCUGAUAAUGAUCAUGGCAAUAUUCCAUUUCCAACAUCAUUUCAAGAUGUCUUCAGAAAUAUGUUUGACUACAUUGAUCGACUUGUUGACAUUGUUAGGCCUCGCAAGCUCCUAUACAUGGCUAUUGAUGCAAGUCAUGUUAGAGUGGUUGUGCUUGAUGGGGUUGCUCCACGUGCCAAAAUGAACCAGCAGCGAUCAAGACGUUUUAGAUCUGCUAAGGACAAUGAAAUUCAUGAAGCUGAGGAAGAGGGGCUAAGGAAAAAAUAUGAAAUGGAAGGGAAACAAGUUCUUCCUAAACAAGAAUCGGAAGUGGCAGAUUCCAAUAUUAUAACACCAGGCACUGUAUUCAUGCAUGAACUCUCUAAGGCACUUAAAAGCUACAUCUCUUCAAGGAUAAUUUCUAACGCACUAUGGAAGGAUAUCAUGGUAAUUCUCUCUGAUGCUAGUGUUCCCGGAGAAGGGGAACAUAAAAUUAUGUCAUACGUACGCAAACAGCGUAGUCUGGAGGGAUAUGAUCCAAAUACAAGCCACUGCUUGUACGGCUCGGAUGCUGAUCUUAUAAUGCUUGCAAUGGCAACUCAUGAACCCCAUUUUUCAAUAUUAAGAGAGGAUGUCUCUGUUCAGCAGCAGCCAAAAGUUUCUGUUAAUCCUUUCAAGUUUUUGCACAUUUGGUUAUUGAGGGAGUAUCUUGAGUUAGACAUGAAUAUAGAAAAUCCUCCCCAAAAAUGUAGCAAUGAUUUUGAGCGGAUAAUUGAUGAUUUCAUCUUCAUGUGCUGUUUUGCUGGAAACGAUUUUCUUCCCCGCAUGCCAUCUUUGAACAUGCACGAGGGGGCUAUUGAUUUGCUAAUAACUGUUUACAGGAAAGAAUUCAAUACACUUGGAGGAUAUCUUGUGGACAUGAGCAGGGUUGGGGAGAAAAAUGCUGCUUUUGUGAAAUUAUCAAGAGUUGAAAAAUUUAUACUUAAGGUUGGCUCAUAUGAAGAGGAUAUCUUUAAGAAAAGAUCUGAAAUACGAGAACGAACAUUGAAAAGGCUUAUUCAAGAUAGUGAGGAUGCUAAGCGCGAAGAAAAUAAUACAAAAUGUUUCUUGGAUCUUGACGAUGAAAAUACUUCUGAUUGUACUCUUCUGAUUAGGAAGGCACCAGAUUCAAUGAAAUUGUCUGCUACACAUGCUGAAAUUGAGCAAAACACACAGGAUUUAAAAGAUGAAUUGAAGAGAAGUAUUAGAAAAAAAUGUGACUUAUUUAGGAGUGGAGAUUUCCUAAUCGACAAGAUAAAAUUUGGAGCACCUGGUUACAAAGAAAGAUAUUAUAAAACAAAGUUUUCUGUGGAAAGUCCUACUGACAUUGAGGCGAAAAGGAAAGAAAUAGUCCAGAAGUACACCGAAGGAUUGGUGUGGGUUCUUCGAUACUAUUUUUCAGCAGUUGCUUCGUGGACAUGGUUUUAUCCAUUCCACUAUGGUCCAUUUGCUUCGGACUUUAAGGGCAUGGGUCAAGUUAGAGUAAAUUUUGAAAAAGGUGCCCCAUUCUUACCAAUUGAUCAACUUCUAGGUGUCCUCCCCCCGGCAAGUGCUCAUGCACUUCCAAAAGCCUAUGCACAACUGAUGCUGGAUGAGCAAUCUAGAAUAUUUGACUUUUAUCCAAAGGAUUUUGAAGUUGAAACCGAAGGACAGCGCUUCAUGUGGCAGGGAAUUUGCAAGCUUCCAUGGAUAGAUGAUGGCAGGCUUGUGGCUGAAACCAAAAAAAUAAAAAAUGAAUUAUCUGAAAAUGAAGCCAUAAGAAAUUCACUCAAAGCCGAUAGCUUGUUUGUUAGAAGCUCUAGCAAAUUAGCAGAGAAAUUUGGCUCACUGUCUAUAGACCCAAACGUGCCUUGCAAGUUGGACACAACAAUAAGUGAAGGCAUUGGGGGUACCGUAAGUCUUUGCCGUGAGUUUGUUGACAAUACUUGCUUGGACAUUUGUGACAGCAAAGAAGAUCGUGUUUUAUGUGUAGAUUACGAGCUUCCUGCUGGUAGUAAUCAUAUUCCUCGUUUACUAUCGGGUGUGAACCUUCCAGAGAAGACAGUAUUUGAAGGUGACAUCAUGGAAACUGUAUUGUGGCAUGAACGUCAGAAAUAUUUUAGUCGUUUUGAGAGGGUGCAAGAUCAAGAUAAAUGGAGGAGUGAAAACAGGAACAAUAAUUCAAGGUUUUCCUCAAAUGAAAGAAGCUUUUCAUCUAAUGCAAGAAACUUUUCAUCAAAUGCACCUUCCUUCAUUCACAAAGGUGCUGGUUGUGUUGGAUGGGGUUCAGGUAGAGGGAGAAUAGAUGAAACAAUGAAAAAUGAGACACCACACAAUUAUGCAAGCUCUUAUCAUGUCACAACUACCAGAGACACCCCAGCACAACACGUUGUGGACGACUUUAGACAAUUGAGAAUAUCAGAGUCUGGUUCCUUUCCAAGGUCUUCUAUCAGUUUUCAGUCACGACCAUAUAAUAGUAAUAGUAAUAAUGGUCCCAUGAAUCAGUCAAAAAAUGCUUAUAAUCAUCAAGCUUCACAAUCUGAGAAGCCCUUUGGUCGGGGACAAGGUAGGGGUGCAUCUAGUAGCAGGUCAUUCUGGCCUCAACCGUCUGGUGGAAAAUCUCACCAAGUGAAAGAUGACAAUCGUUGGUAG